AUGUCGGCCAUCGAACGGUCAUCACACCAAGUGCAGCAAUCCUCGAUGAAGGGUGAGUCGUGAAAUUACGUAGGUAUGCGGUCGCAUGGCAAAUGCAUCCUAUAAAUGCUGCAGUCCCUUGUGCAUGAACUACCCAUAUCUGCUGUUCUCCUGAUAAUGGGUUCGAACAGAAAUCCGAAACGUCAAGCUUUUAUUACAGCGACCGCGUCUCUUUUAAGACUGCUUCUUGGAACUCGUCUCUUUGCUCCCAUUGACUGGCUUAACCGCAACACUAAAUUUCCGAAACCUAACGCUAACCCUUACUUUUACCCCCUCCCCCGACUUAAAAUAAAAGCCCGUAUCUCCUUGUCCAAUUAAGUAUUGCGCAUAAGCGCCGGCGAUCAGCGCGAGGACAGGCAGAACCGGCGGUAGCAGCCGCCUCAACGCAGCAUGAACACACAGGGACAGCUGCCGCCGGUUUUCCGUCUCGCAUCCUCCCAGGACUGCGUAGACGAAAUCGGACUGAAUGUAAUCGGAACAAACAGAAUGUCAGGAAGAUGAGGUUACACUAGGUUAGGCGGGAUUUGUCUUAACUUAUAUUAAGUCAUCAUUAUUAUGUAUUUCUACGUUAUAAAUUCUUUUUCCAUUGUUUACGCUCGUGUAUCUUUUAGGAAUUCUUUGUACUUGCUGGCCAUGUGGAUCUCGAGGUUCUUGCGCAGUGGCCUUGUAGGCUUAGGUGCGAAAGGUAAAAACGUUGCGACUUCGAAAGGUUUACCCAAAAAACUCCCCAUAGCGGGCGUCCAAAAUGUUGUGCUAAUAGCCUCAGCGAAGGGUGGCGUAGGUAAUAUCCUCAGAACUUGCUUACUAUUCUUCUUACUAGGAAAAUCGACUGUUGCGGUCAACCUCGCACUUGCAUCCUCCUUGCUCAAUUCGGCAUUGCGAAUAGGAUUGAUGGAUGGGGAUAUUUUCGGGCCUUCAAUACCGCAAAUGAUGGGUCUUGAAGGCAUAGAACCUGAAGUCAAUGCCAAAAAGUUAAUAAUUCCUUUGCAAAACUAUGGCAUCAAGACCAUGUCAAUGGGUUCGUUGAUAAGAAAAGAGUCUGCCGUCGUGUGGCGUGGACUGAUGGUAAUGAGUGCAAUCCAACAACUCCUACGCCAGGUAAGCACAUUUGGUUUCUGCUGUCUACACAGUUUCUGAGUUCUGUGUUGUCUAACUAGCUCUUUUACAUUUUGCUAUGGCCUCGUGAUAUCUGACAUGUAGAAUGUAGAUUGUCGAGUAACUUCCUUCGGUGCACUUAAUUCUUUAUGAGCGGCCUGUUAGAUGUCCUAAAACUCAUUAUUGCCUGCUUAUCACUAAGGAAUGUUUGGCCGCCUUGGCUUUUUGUUUCCCCCAUCGUCCCAUGUGUGCGAUAUGCUUGGACGCCUUUAGGGCCGCAAUUCGUCAUUGGCUUACACGCCAGGGAGGUGUAUAACUUCGGCCCUGGCUUCGAAAGUUCGCCAGACGUUAUCAAAGAUUGCACGGAGCCCUACUUGCACAAUGCCCCACCGUAGCCGUAGUACCACACAGAAUACUUCAAAGAUUAGACUCAACUUUUGGACAUUGUUCCAUCAUUAGAAUCCUUGUUGGACGCGCCCACCUCUCACCCCCUUUCUUCCCUUAAAGGUCGCUUGGGGGCCUCUUGAUACCCUAUUCGUGGACACCCCACCGGGGACUGGGGAUGUGCAACUCUCAAUCAGUCAAAACAUACCUGUUCAAGGAGCAGUCAUUGUGACUACAUCGCACUCGCUGUCAUUGGCAGACACACGCCGAGGAAUCGAAAUGAUGCUAAAAUUGAACGUGAGUUCUUCGCAACAAUAUUUCAUUCCACCUUACUGGUCACACCUCUGUAUACCUCCCUACAACUCUGAUUGA